AUGAAAGCCCUAGCCCUACCUUCCCUUUCUUACUGUCCAGAUUCCUUCCUUUCCCACAACUCUAUUUCAUCCAAUUACUGUACCACCUUAACAACCAAAUUUCGCACUGUUCGCACUGUGAAAUGUUGCGUUUCAGCACCAUCAUUAGUGAACCACUUGGUCAAGUUCAAGGAAGCAGCGAAAGAUGGGAAUUUGAUUCCAUUGUAUAAGCCAAUAUUUUCAGAUCACUUGACUCCGGUGCUGGCGUACCGAUGCUUGGUGAAGGAAGAUGACAGGGAGGCCCCUAGCUUUCUAUUCGAGUCAGUUGAACCUGGCUUGAAUGCUUCCAGCGUUGGGCGAUAUAGUGUGAUUGGGGCUCAGCCAACCAUGGAAGUUGUUGCAAAAGAGAAUAAGGUGACCUUAUUGGACCACCAUGAGGGACAGAGGACAGAGGUGUUUGAGGAGGAUCCGAUGGCUAUUCCUCGUAGGGUUAUGGAGAAAUGGAAGCCCCAAGGCAUCGACGAGCUCCCUGAAGCAUUUUGUGGUGGUUGGGUUGGUUAUUUUUCAUAUGAUACAGUGCGUUAUGUAGAAAAGAAAAAGCUACCAUUUUCAAAUGCUCCCAAGGAUGACAGAAACCUUCCUGAUGUUCAUCUAAGCCUUUAUGACGAUGUGAUCGUGUUUGAUCAUGUGGAGAAGAAAGCAUAUGUGAUACACUGGGUAAGGUUGGAUCAGUUCUCUUCUGUUGAAGAGGCCUACAAUGAUGGGAUGAAUCGAUUAGAAGCCUUAUUGUCAAGAGUGCAUGAUAUAGUGCCUCCUAGGCUACCUUCAGGUUCAGUUAAACUGUCUACUAGCCUUUUUGGCACUUCAUUAAGUCAGUCCACCAUGACAAGAGAAGAAUAUCAGAAAGCAGUAAGACAAGCUAAGGAGCAUAUCCUUGCUGGAGAUAUAUUUCAGAUAGUGCUAAGUCAGCGAUUUGAACGGCACACUUUUGCGGAUCCAUUUGAAGUCUACAGAGCAUUAAGAAUCGUUAAUCCGAGUCCAUAUAUGACUUAUUUACAAGCUAGAGGGAGUAUCCUGGUUGCUUCAAGUCCCGAAAUUCUUACUCGAGUUAAGAAGAGAAAGAUCACUAAUCGCCCUUUGGCUGGGACUAUUCGGAGAGGCAAGACACCAGAAGAAGAUUAUAUGUUGGAAAAUCAGCUUUUGCAUGAUGCAAAACAGUGUGCAGAACACAUUAUGCUUGUUGACUUGGGAAGAAAUGAUGUUGGAAAGGUUUCAAAACCUGGUUCUGUGAAGGUGGAGAAGCUCAUGAACAUAGAGCGCUAUUCCCACGUCAUGCACAUCAGUUCCACAGUUACUGGUGAGUUGCUUGAUCAUUUAACUAGCUGGGAUGCUCUGCGUGCAGCAUUGCCAGUUGGAACCGUUAGUGGUGCUCCAAAGGUGAAAGCUAUGGAAUUGAUAGAUCAACUAGAAGUUACAAGGCGUGGGCCAUAUAGUGGUGGAUUUGGAGGCAUUUCUUUCACUGGAGAUAUGGAUAUUGCUUUAGCUUUGAGGACUAUCGUUUUCCCAACCUCUAUGCGUUAUGAUACAAUGUACUCAUACAAGGAUAAGAGUACGCGUCAAGAUUGGGUUGCCCAUCUCCAAGCCGGGGCUGGCAUAGUGGCUGACAGUGAUCCUGCUGAUGAACAGAGUGAGUGUGAAAACAAGGCUGCUGCUCUUGCUCGAGCCAUUGAUCUUGCCGAGUCAUCAUUUGUUGAAAAGUAA